GGGGCUUUCAGAUCCUACACCAGUGAAUCAAAUGAGUAGUCAUCGAAAGCACAACAUCUCCCUUUUAAAGCUGGUAAUCACACCCAGGACAAAUUUAACGUUGCAGCACAAUCGCAACAAGCCGAAGAAUUACCCAUUGAGAAGAAAAUGCCUCCUUUAACUGACAAAGUCGAUCCAAGAGAUAACGAGAAUCUUGAGGUGCACAAGGCAGGCUCAGACAUCGCCAUGAGUUCAGAGGCUGAAGGCACUGAAUCCCAGACAGUCGUGAAUGGGCUUCCAACAAACCAACAGCAACAUGGUCAAGAAACAGAUCGGUCAAAAAUCAGUGUGGGCAAGGGGUCAGUGACGAUGCGAAUAACCUCAGGGUAUGUGGAACCUCCAGAGGCUGACUUGCCACUCAGUGAAGAUUCCCAACAAUUGACCAGCCCUGAGCUGCCAAGUUCAAAGACAGCUGCAGAUGGUUGGAUGCCACCUUCAGCUGGUGAAACAAAUGGAGAUGCCGCGUCAUCCUCGCUGGCAGCUAAAGGAUUUCGCAGUGUGCGGCCACAACUGCCAACCGAUUACAAGCCACAACUUCAGCCACCUCCUAUCCCCCCUCCCCCUAAGGAAGAAAGCUUUGCAUGGCGUCCAUUGAACAAGGUUAAGCCAUCUUAUUUUGCACCAGUCCCUAUUCUGGAAUAUGUCCCUAUUAGACCGGAGCUGCUGCCCACACAGAAACAUUCGGCACUGCCUAACAUUUACAUUGAGGAUCCCUCUUCCACAGGCUCUAAUGCCAAAUCAAAGUCCACCAUUUGCUCAGCCAAGGUAACGCUGCAUGUCAGCCAGCCUGUUGUUCACCGCACCCCCUCACCACAGGACUGGGUAUUGGAAUCUGAAGCUACCCUCCAGUCUGCCAGUUGGUGUGCUGGUUCUGACCCGGGGAGAAAGGUUAGCAAUCUCUACGUACCCUGUUUGUCCAGAAGCACUAGCUCUUGCUCAUCCAGGGACAACACCUGCGAUGCACCUGAGGAAGCGGAUAUGCCCGCUGCACCAGCCACCGGAGCUCAGCUGUUUGUGCCAGCCACCACUGAUUCUCCCCCACUGGUUCCCCGCAAACCAUCGCUUCAGGUUUUCUUGCCUAGGGUCGAGAUUGGUGGUGCCCAGACUGACGACUCGCUCUCAGAGCCUCGAUUGCAGCCCGGGAGCUCAGCGCUGGAUCAGGAACAAGCGUCCUGCAUGGACACUCUGAGACCGGACAGACAGGCACAUCCUACCACCCACCAGAGUGCCCCUCAAAGGGCUGACACCUCCAGUGUGGAUGUGUCAGCUGGCAUUGCUCAGCCUGAGGUGAUAGUCUCAUCCAGCGGAUUUCCCCCUAAGGCAGUUUGGGAGAGGGAGGAAGGUGUGUGCACGGCCCAGGCUUCAGCUGAACCAGUCUCGCCAUCCCUGCCAUCUCAUCCUGCCGCUGCACCUUUGACCCUGCCAACGCUCGACGACUUCAUCCCCCCUCACCUGCAGAAAGGGGUCUCCCACACUGUGUGUGCCUCCUCCACCACCCCUAUUAACUCACCAGCACCAUUGCUGCUCCCACCCAGCACCAAGCUGCACAGCGUCCUGGACUCCCAGCUCACCGGACACCCCCCGUGCACAGAUGUUCAGUCCACGAUAAGUGAAGGAGAAUCACCUUGUGUGAGUCUGGAGUCACACCCUGGCCUUGUCUCGUCUAGCAGGCUUUCAGCCUAUCCAUCCACCACCUUUGUGAAUCCUACCAUCGUCCUGCUCCAGCACAAUCGAGAACAGCAGAAGCGUUUGAACAGCCAGUCAGAUUCUGUGCCAGAAACAGUAACUGAUCAUAAAACCCAAGCCCCAGCUUCGGACGCAGUCGCUCCUCCUGUGCACACAGCAACGGUAAUGGAUAGUAAACGGCAGAAAGUCACACGGAUGCCUCAGACCUCCUUCAUCGCACCUGAAGACCUGGGUAUUAAGAAUGUCGAGAGACCCAAAGAUUGGUACAAGACCAUGUUCAAACAGAUCCACAAAGUCGGCAAAGACACUACUGAAGAAAAUCCGUAUCACCCUACCUACAGCUUUCCUGAGCUUCCUGAAUGCCAGCAGAAAAGAGAAGAAACGGUCAUUUACACCCCAACCUAUGUCUUCUCCAAGAUUGCUCAGAGAGAGCUUCUCAAAGCAGAUGAUGACUCGGAAUACUAUCCCCCGCGGUACCAUUAUUCUGAAGACAUGAAAAGUCAGACAAUUGUGCCUCGUUCCAAAAGCGUAGGAGACGUUAUCGACUCAGAGAUGGCUGAACGGAGAUCAGCGACCCUGCCACUACCCACUCGAUCAUCAUCUUUGAAGCCCCUCUCUGAAAGGAACGACUGGGGGCCUCUAGAUAAAAAAGUUGACACAAGGAGGUAUCGUGCUGAACCAAGGAGCAUUUUUGAUUAUGAACCUGGAAAGUCUUCUGUGCUCGCUCAUGAGAAAACGAAGACAGAAGAAAAGACUGGGAAAGACCCUACGCAGAUUUCGAUCCAGAAUAGAACCACUGGCUACAAGACUGAUCAGGGUCAGACGGAAAAUCUGUCAAAUCAUCAUGAAGUGGAGAUAGGGCAAGAUAAGCGGGACGUAAGUCCGGAAGAAAUAGAUUUAAAGAAUGAACCUUGGUAUAAGUUCUUUUCGGAGCUGGAGUUCGGCAAACCGCCUCCAAAAAAGAUUUGGGAAUAUACGCCAGGAGAGUGCUCUAUUCUUUCUGUAGAGAAUAGAAAGGAUCAGCUAGAGAAAGAUCUCUAUCUCUACCAGGCUGAGCUAGACACAGACUUAGAAAAAAUGGAGAAGCUUUUUAGAAGCCACGACACCCAACUGUGUAAGAACCCAGCGCUGAACUCUCCCUCGGAAAUCCCAUCUGAAUGCUCAAAUUAUUCUGCAUUCUUGUCCAAUUCCCACGCAGUGAGGAGGCAGUUGGAGACGGGCACAGGGGAGCCAAUCAGCCAGGAGAACGAAAGGCAAAUCUACAAGACUGUUCUGGAAGGGGGAGAUAUUCCAUUCCAGGGAUUGAGUGGCUUGAGCAAGAGGACAUCCAGCUCCUCGUCAACCAAAGUGGAUUUUAAAGGUGGGAAUGGCCACAGCAUUUCAACUACUUCCCUUUAUAGUACACCAGUUAACUCUAGUAAUAUGCUAGGUAAUAAAUGUAAACAUAAGACACCUUUGUCAGCAGCAAAGGCCUGCAUUUCAGAAAUUCUUCCCUCAAAAUUCAAACCCAAACUAUUGGUAGAGAGCAUCCGUCCCCAGGACAGAGAGGGUGACGCUCGCUGUCGGCAGAGGGCCCAGAGUUGUGAAAACCUCCUCAGCAUCGACAGCAAACUUGCCAGCAAGAAAGUGGGGCUGAAGGAGACUGGGCGAAGUGUCGAGUCUCUCUUCGUGGCUGGAAACGAGGAGCCCAGCCUUCGAUCGAGUGAGCACGGAAACGAGGAGCCUAGCCUUCAUGCGAGUGGUCAUGGAAGGCUGCAGGAGCUGCCCAUCAACCCCAGGAGAGGGCUGCUUCCGAAUGGCUCUGGUGACGACAUGCCAACCUUUACCAAAAUCUACCAAAGUACCCACCAGAUGGGCCGUUGGCUGCCCCCAGGAGCCCUGCCCACAUCCAUGGUGAGAGCCAUGGUGUGUCGGUUAGAAUGCAACCCAAAAAGCCACUGCAGGCAGAAUUUGAGUCAAGAUGGGUUGGACCAGGCCCCAGAGUAUUCGGUAUCCUCCAAGGUCAAUGAGUUUGAGCAGAUCAUCCAGAGGUCACGGUCAUUGCCCACACUGGAUGCCACCACUAGCUCCACGCCCCACAGGAGCCCAGUGCCACCUCUCUCCAGGCCUUUCCUGCAUACCGCACACUCUGCUGAAUCUCUGCUGGAGCCCCCUCCACAGUGCCAUGAGAAGUCCGAACCCAAUGUUCAAAUAACCAUCCGGCAUGCUUCCGCUUCCAGCAGUGAUCCUGAAGAAAUGGCAUCGGAGCUUAGCGAAGUGGUAGUUACGCAGUUGCCGUGCCCUGCUCCAGACCAGGCAGACGGCCUCUCCUGCAUCUCGGCUGACAGCUCGGAUGGUAAGGAUUGGCCUGUGAACAUACGCAACACCAACCGGUGCCAAGGAGCCUGCCCUGCCUCCUACACCCGCUUCACCACCAUCCGCAAGCACGAGAAACAGGCCACAAGCCCCUUGGAUCCCAGGCAGGCCAUACAGCAACUCCUCCCGAGCCCCCUCUCCAGAAAUCUCUACCUCCUGAGCCCGAGGCCAUUCCGACUGAAAAGACCGUUUCUGCACAGGCCUAGAAAGCUGAUAGCCCAGCCAGACUUGGGUAGCCAUGUUGUGGUGGACCAUGAGGAAGGAUGUCCGCCUGGUAACCAAGGCAGACAGGGGUCAUUUUCCAUUCACGGGCCGACCCUUCCCAGACGCACCGUCUCCCUUCGGGUUUUGGAAAAGCUCUGCCACCCGGUCAUGACUGGACUUUGCCAAGAUAACAGCUUCUUUCAGCAUCCUGAUCUCCCGGGGGAAUCUGUGAACGGGAAUCUUGUUUCGUUAGCUGUGCUCGAUGAGGUCGACCCAAACAACAAUCGGCAAAAUAUACUGGGGAUGUACCUGAAAGAGUCAGACUCUCCAAGGCUGUCUGCUCCAGUUGAACGCAUGGAGACCCCUGAGGAAAUGUGUCGACGUCGGCAAGAGGACAAGGAGAGACUAUUAGAAGAGCAGAGACGGCUUAGACGAGAACAAGAGGAAGCAGAUAUUGCAGCCAGGAGGCACACAGGAAUCGCUCUUACACAUCACCAGUUUAUCACUAAUGACAGAUUUGGGGACCUCCUUGACAUAGAUGAGGCAGCCAGGAGGAGAUCUGGGUCAGAGAUGUUGCCAGCCAGAGCCAAGUUUGACUUCAAGGCGCAGUCUCUGAAGGAGCUGCCGUUUCAGAAGGGAGACAUUGUCUACAUCUACAGACAGAUAGAUCAGAACUGGUAUGAAGGCGAGCAUCAUGGGAGAGUUGGCAUCUUUCCCCGGUCGUACAUUGAGCUUCUGCCACCAACAGAAAGGGCCCAACCCAAAAAGGCACCCCCACUUCAGGUGCUAGAAUAUGGUGAGGCUGUGGCUCGUUUCAACUUCAGUGGUGACACCCAUGUGGAGAUGUCUUUCAGGAAGGGCGAGCGAAUCACACUCAUAAGAAGAGUUGAUGAAAACUGGUACGAGGGCAAAAUCUCGGGCACAAAUCGCCAGGGCAUUUUCCCUGUCACCUAUGUGGAUGUGAUUAAGAGACCCAGGGUGAAGAAUGCAGUUGAUUACCCUGAUCCCCCUGGAUCUUAUUCCUCAAAUCGCAGCUCAACAAGCUCCCCGCAGUUCUCUGGUAAUUCUGCUCACCCCACACCAUCUCCUCCUCCUCCUGUUCCACCUCGCUAUCGCAGAGGCCUUUCUCCAGAUGUGCAAGCUGUGACUUCUGACUGGAUCACGCUGACGAUGGGAAUCUCCCCAAGCCAUACUCCUCUUGUGACUCCUCCGUUGCCUCCUCUCCCUGAAGGCUUCUACUCUGACAGGAACUACCUUAGCACCUCACUGGAGAGCAGCCCUUCGCUAGUGGUCAGCCCUCCUCCCUCGAAAGAAUUUGUCGAUUCUAUGCCCUACUCUGAUCAAUCACCUUUGCUACCACCUCGAUCACAGCAAUCUGUGCGGAGUGUCACUUUUAGCACUCCCCUCAGUGAGGAACCCAUUCAGUUUACACCAUCUCCCACCUUUAGUUGUUACAAUUCCGCCCCCCAAGUAGCCUCGCUGCCACCAACUCCUCCAGGUUCAAGUCCGCUUAGUGCGGCCGACGGUCUCUCUGCUGUGAGGAAUGGGAGGUGUGAGGGUGAAGCAGUGAAUCUUUUGACUGUUCACGUGACCAGUCUGGACGGUGCGCCCAACAAGGCAUCAGACCUGGGGACGUGUUCCAAGAGCCCAAAGAAAGGUCAGUGCCCUGCAGUUAGCUGUGAGCUAUCCAGGGAGCUCCUACAGAUUGUCCAGGGAGGUAGUGAGCAAGAUCCAGAAGGCACCAGCAAUGGGAAACCAGCAGAAGCAACAGAGAAGCCAAACUCGAGAACUGAUAGUGGGCUUGGAGGAAGAUAUGCCAGGAGUCCGAUUGCCUUUUCUGGUUCUCCAGUUAAUAGCCUGAGCUCGGGCUCCCUUGUGCCUUCUCAUCACUCAUUGCGAGGACCAGAUCUCACAGAGUCUGAAAAGAGCUACGUGGAGGCAGUCUGCAAUGAGAUCAUGAACAUUGCAGAAAAGUCUGUUCAUUACUGCAGUAACCUUUCUCACCCGCUUCACUCUCGGCAAAAGGUGUCUGCCCACGACAGUAAACAAUCUUUGAUCAUUUCUCAGCAACCUCGGGGACAGCAGCAAGGGACGAGCCCGGAGAGGACGUUGGCUGCGACAGCCCUCUUCCAAGCAUUGUACAGCUACGUCCCACAGAACGAAGAUGAGCUGGAGCUUCGAGAAGGGGACAUUGUGGAUGUGAUGGAAAAGUGUGACGAUGGCUGGUUUGUUGGAACAUCCAGAAGAUCUAAGCAGUUUGGCACCUUCCCAGGCAACUAUGUCAAACCACUGAAUUUGUAGAGCUGGGAGUCAUUGUGGACUUUUGUUGAAUAAACAGCUCCUGCCCUCCAAUCCAACCCCAACACUGGCAGAGGGUCCAUGAGCUGUUAAUUGGAUUGAACAUACUGUAACUUGGCCGAAACAUUCUGCUUAUAACAUGAAGUGUCUUUACUUGCCCCGAACAAGGAGCACGCUGAGCAAGAGAGAAUGCGUGAGUGGUACGUGAGCUUAGGGUCUGAGGUUGCUGAUGCAUCGACCGUAUUAACCCAGUGGGUGGGCAAGGACUGGAUUAGUUGACAAGGGGAAGACAAUGCCCAUCAUGGCUUAAAGUUGGACUCCCCUUUCUAUAUGGUACUCAGAGAUAUACGGUCUGGAUGAGAGACAGAACCAGGAGGCUUGGGAACACUUGAGUCUCUGACUGGGGAUAGGGCAUGAGAUUGGAAGACAAGCCGGCUAUUGCACUGAGCCCUGUCUUUUCACAAUAUGGAGAAUGGAAUGGAACUCUUGAAUACAGAGGAAUUUCUAGCCAGGGGUAACCCUUUACUGCUUGAUACAGUGCAUGCUCUCUGAACCAUCACUUGUAAUCUCUCCUUUUUCUACUGCGUAUUUUGGGUUGCUUUAUUGGAAAACGAACACAGGUAGAAUAUGCACCUCAUUCCCUCUGAAGAGGAAAUGUCACUCCCAGUUUGACAAAGGUCUUGCAGCUGUCCUUUAAUGGCUAAUGCUUAUAUAGAGCAGGUUUCUUUAACACGUGUUAAUAGCCAGUGUCACCCACUUAGAUCUGCAACACUUCUAGUAUUCUUCAGUCACACAACCAGUAAGUAUAUAAUAAAAAAGCACACCUUUCCCGAAGGGAAUCAACCCACUGCUGGGAUAAAGCUUUGUGUAAAUAUGUACAUUUGAUUUUGUACAAAAUUAUGUACUUAUCCUGUAUAGAAAAUAAUAAUUUAACAAAAGAAAUUUUAAAUGGCAAACUGAAAGCAGAGAAGCAAAACAUACUUCUCGGAGCUCUUUUACAAUUUAUUUGCGAGAAACAGAGCCUCGGUUUGGAAGAAAAUGCUUAGCACCAAAACAAAGCACAUGCAAAUUGUGUUUUUUUUAAAAAUCAUCACAGUCUGGGAAAUCAUCUUCCUCCUUGUCUGUACAAAUGAUACAGCAGCAAGAUCACUUUCUGUUUAAUGUGCAGAUGUAUCCCUUCCUCUGCACCAAUAAAUCACUGAUGGGCUGCAAUAUGCUGACUGUACAUAAUCAAAACACUCAUAUUUUAUUUACCACAUUUCUGUGAGCUGCAAGCCUUUAUAAUCAUGUGUUGCAGCAGAUCUUUUGUUGAGCUAUUUUCUUUAUUGCCGUGCUUCAGGAUGUGUUAAUGAAGAUAAGAGUCUCUAUUGACUGCUGUGGUUGCAAAAUGCAAUAUUUAAUAAAGUUUAUUCAAGCCGUGGAUGUGCCUUGCAA